GCAAAACUAUCUUUAACUUUAAGUAUGCCUCGAUUACUCGAACAUUCUCAACCACCCCAGGUGUUGUCUCCCUAGUUGCGUUCUCCCGUUCGCGUUAGCUGCUGAGUGCUUGUUUGUUCGGGUUUUUACUGCGGAAACUGCCUUUAAGUUGACACGUAUUUGGUCUCUGUGAGCAGUAUGGCAGCUCCUACAACAAAGAAGGGCGAUACCGCGCUCCGUCGCAGGAAAAACGCGACACAAAGCCCGAAAUCCAACUUGACGGCUUCAGUCCGUGAAAAAAAAUCCGAAUUAGACGAAACGUCUGCUGGUGAAACGGGAAAAAGUUCACGUAACACUUUUUUGUACUCGAAAACAUGCUUUCGUAAAGCUUUGAUCGCUAUAACUGUGUUGUCAUUCCUUACACGUUUUUGGAAAAUCUGGGACCCAGCUCAAGUCGUGUUUGAUGAGGUCCAUUUUGGUAAAUUUGCGUCGUACUACAUUCGGGGUGAAUACUUUUUUGAUUUACAUCCUCCGUUCGCAAAACUGAUGCUUGCUCUUGUCGCUAAACUGGCAGGAUAUGAUGGUCACUUUCUUUUUGACAACAUUGGUGAUUCGUACACGGAAAACCAUGUCCCAUACGUCUUUAUCCGCUCAUUUCCCGCUUUUCUGAGCAGCAUGGUGCCUCCAUUGGUCUUUUUGAUUAUGAAGGAGUCUGGUUACGACGUUAUUGCCUCUUUUACGGCGGCUGCUAUCGUUCUUUUCGACAAUGCACACAUCACGCAAGGAAGAUUGAUUCUUCUGGAUGCUAUGCUCGUCUUCUCCAUGGUUAGCGCCAUUUACUGCUACAUUCGUUUCUUCAAGCUUCGUCAUCGCCCUUUUACUCGCUCCUGGUGGGCUUGGUUGACGAUGACGGGUUUUUGCUUGUCCUGCACAAUUAGUACAAAAUACGUUGGCUUCUUUACUUUCCUCUCCAUUGGACUUAGCGUGGUUCUCGAGUUGUGGAAGCUUUGGGACGUCCGCACAGGUCUCUCUGUGAAGGAAUUUCUUAAGCACUUUUAUGCACGUGCGUUUACUUUGAUUAUAUUCCCUUUCUGUUUAUACCUCUUUUGGUUCUAUGUACAUUUUUCCAUUUUGAAGCAUAGUGGUCCCGGUGAUUCCCUUAUGUCGGCUGAGUUUCAGGAAACAUUGCUCGAUAACCCUUUGCUUGUGCAAGCUACUCCCCUUAAUUACUACGAUGUCGUACUUCUCAAGCAUAAGAGCACAGGUGCAUUUCUUCAUUCCCACCCUGACCGUUACCCCUUGCGUUAUGAGGACGGCCGUGUCUCGUCUCAAGGUCAGCAAGUUACUGGUUAUCCAUACAACGAUACGAACAGUUACUGGAUGAUUCUUCCUCAAGACCACUACGCCGACGGUUCCAAAUACACUCCUGGUAGACCGGUUAUGAACAUGGAUGUUAUUAAGUUGCACCACAUUUCUACGAAGACCGAUUUAAUGACCCAUGACGUUGCUUCUCCCUACUACCCUACGAACGAAGAGUUUACCACCACUUCUGUCGAAGAGUCUGCCUCUUCCAAGCACAAUUUCACACUCUUUCAAAUUCGUUAUGAGAAUGACGCUAGUGCUCGUGCUGUAACCACAAAAUCGUUUCCCUUCCGUCUCGUUCAUCAAUUAACAAAUGUUGCAAUGUGGUCGGGACCUCGUCCUCUUCCCGAGUGGGCUCACGAACAGCAGGAGAUUAAUGGUGCCAAGGAUCUUACUAAGCCUGACACCAUCUGGACAUUUGAUGAAAUUGUUGACCUCAAGGAUCCCGCUCGUUUACACAAGGAACAAAGAGUUCCCAAAAAGAUUUCCUUCUUGCGGAAGUACAUUGAGCUUCAAAAGCAAAUGUUCCGACAAAAUAACUUGUUGAAGGACGAGCAUCCAUAUAGCUCUGUGCCUUGGCAAUGGCCUAUUCUCCACCAUGGUAUUUCAUUCUGGGCUAAUCAGUCUGAAAACAAGCAAAUUUACCUGUUGGGUAACCCCUUCGGUUGGUGGUUUAUGCUUAUUUGCAUUUUCACCCUUCCCAUCGUUGCUGGCAUUUUGAUUCUUGCCAAGCAAAGAGGAGUUUCUUUGAUGGACCAAGAUGUCUUUUUGCAUGUCAACAGAUCUGCACUUUUCUUCUUGGUCACUUGGGUUUUCCAUUACAUUCCUUUCUUCCUUAUGGGUCGUCAACUUUUCUUGCAUCAUUACCUUCCUGCUCAUAUCGCAGGUUGUUUUGUUGUUGGAGCCUUGCUUCAACUCGCAUGUCGUAAACGCUUCGACUUGCCUAUCUCUGAGGGUGCUAAGACAGCAAAUACCAGUGGUAAGGUUCAUUUCCGUGAGCGUCGUAACGGUGCUGCUAUUGAACUUUUAAUUUCCAUCUUGAUCAUAUUGGCAUUGUUGUACUGUUUCUACCAAUUCUAUCCUGCUAUUUAUGGCACUAAGAGUCUUUCAGGAAAUGGAUGGUUAGGACUCAAAUGGAGAGAUACAUGGCUUAUGCAUUUCCAGAAGCCUGAUGCUAAGUAGCAUUUUUGCAAAAAUAAUUGAUGAAUUUAUCUGACAUUAAUAAUCUUUUAAUUUGAAUAUCACUAUGUAAGUAAUCAAAAGAAUAAAAUCGUAUGCCCUAUUGAUGAAUCGUAAAUAUGUACAGGCUGAAUGAUUGAUUCGCA